AUGGCAUCAGCCGCAACAAACCGAUCUCGUGUUCAAGAACCUUCUAAGACUCAAGACGAUCAUUCUGAUUGUCUUACUAAACAGCCAGGUUCUAUUAAUCAAGAUGUAGAGUCUAGGCCCUGCGAUGUCACUACUGACUUGAAUUAUUUCAAGGUGAAUGAAGAUGAUCAUCCCCAUGUUCCGGACUAUAGCCAUGAUAUCCGUGGCAACGAGUUUCUAUACGCCUUAGACACGAACGGGUUCCAGAUUGUUAAGCAUGCGAGCAAGGAAAGGGAUUUCAUCAACGAUGAGCAGAUCAAACGCAUUUGCUACCCCGAAAUCGAAGAGCUGUUGGGGACCGUAGUCUUCAUCUUUAACCAUACUGUCCGUCGCGGAACUGUCGACUCUCAUAUUGGAUGCAAGCCCCUCGCGUUCCGCGGUCCCAUUUACCGAGUUCAUAUCGACCAAUCCUACACCGCAGGUCCCAAGCGCGUCUCUCAUCAUCUCCCCGAUGAAGCUCCUGCUCUCUUUAAAGGGCGUUAUCAGAUAAUCAAUGUCUGGCGACCAAUCAAGACCAUCCUGAAAGACCCUCUCGGUGUUGCGGAAGCCGGAUCAGUUGAGGAUUCGGGCCUUGUUUCGAUCAAAUUGAUUUAUCAGGAUAAGGAGGGCGAGACGAGCUCUUUGGGGAAGACCCCGCAGCAUAACCCAGAUGAGGAGGGAGAGACCUUUUCUGUGAGAGCGAGUCUGAAUCAUAGAUGGUAUUAUUUAUAUAAGCAGACGCCUGAGGAGGUGCUGCUAAUCAAGUGUUUUGAUUCGAAGACAGACGGCAGAGCACGGAGGGUUCCGCACACAGCGUUUGUGAAUGAAGAGCACGAGGAUAAGCCAGAAAGGGAAAGUAUCGAGAUUAGAGCGUUGGUAUUCCAUCCAGAUGAUUCUGUAUGAUAGGCGACAAACAUUUAUAAGACGAGAUAUCUCAAUACUCUGGAAGUAUAGACCUAUCAAUUGAUGGAAUAUCCAUCCUCAACUGAGAGUGUCACCUC